AUGUCUUGGGAUGGAUUUAAGAAAGCUAUUAAUAGAGCUGGAAAUUCUGUCUUAGUUAAAAACGUCGAUAAAACCAUUGAUAAAGAUUUUGAUGUUGAAGAAAGAAGAUACAAUACAUUAAAAACUGCAGGUCUCAAUUUACAAAAAGCCAGUAAAGGAUAUUUAGAUUCAUUGAGAGCAGUCACAGCAGCCCAAGUAACCAUUGCUGAAAUUGUCAACAAUUUAUAUGAAGAAAAUAAACAAGGAGGAGGUUCACAAUAUGGAGGUGUUGGAAAUUAUUAUUUACAAGCAGUUAGAGAAUUCGAUGAAGAAACUGUUAAACAAAUCGAUGGACCAUUCAGAGAAACCGUUUUAGAUCCAAUUGCCAAAUUCGCUACCUAUUUCCAAGAAAUCGAUGAAGCCAUAAAGAAAAGGUCCCAUAAAAAGACCGAUUAUGAUCAAUGUAAAGCUAAAGUAAGAAGAUUAAUUGAUAAACCAUCAAAAGAUGCCGGGAAGUUACCUAAAGCUGAAAGGGAAUUACAAUUGGCUAAAGAAAUCUAUGAUGAUUUAAAUGAACAAUUGAAAUAUGAAUUACCUCAAUUAAUUAGUUUAAGAGUUCCAUUCUAUGAUCCAUCAUUUGAAAGUUUGGUAAAGAUUCAAUUAAAAUUCUGUACUGAAGGAUAUUCAAGAAUUGCUCAAGUACAACAAUAUUUAGAUCAAACAUCAAGAGAUGAUUAUUCUAACGGAUUGUUGGAUGGAAAAAUUGAUGAAUUAUUGAAUCAAAUGAAUUCUUUAAAUAUAGCUGCUUUAGGAGCUAAAUAA